GAAAAUUUUAUCGAGAUGCCUAUCUGUUCUUAUUGCAAGGAUUGUGAUUUCGGAUUCUGCAAGAUAUCUUCCGGAGAUUCUUCUCGUUAUAUCGAAUGCAUUCGACUGAGCUGCUCCAAGUGCAAUAUUCUGGGCUCUUUCUCUGAGAAGCUUUGCAAUAUUGCUACUUAA